UAUAGUGUGGUCUUGCACAGUGCAACAGCUCACAAAAAGAAGUCCAGGAUUCUCUCUGAUUGGAGGUUGUUUUAAAAACAGGAUCAUACCAGAUUCUCUAGGUUGGCACCAGGAUUCCCACAUCUGGGUCUUCUACUGGAAAUAAGGUUGGCUGGUAACAUUUACCAGUCCUUCAAGGGGAGGGGGGAAAAAUGCACCAUGUCAUGAGAACAUUCAAGCAGUCCCACGGUGAAGCCCAUGUAUAGAGGAACUGAGGUCUUCAACCAUUAGCUGGACCCAACUUGACAGUCAUAAUCAAGAGGGAAUUUUUCUCUGAUCUUCAUGGAGAGAACCUGGCAGGACUCCUGAAGGUAAUUGUUACCAGCAAUAAAAAUUUGACAACUAUUGACCUAGAAUAUGAUUCUCGAGGCUGGCUUCACAACAGAAUCACCUGGAGGAGAAAAUGAUCCUUAAUCAACAUCCCCAGAGAUUCUAUUUCAGCUGGUCGGCCGUGGGGUCCAGUACAAGAUACUACCAAGCCCCGUGACAUUUAAAGGGUGACACACAAAGAGCUCCCUGAGCAAUCACCUCCUAAAAUACACGAAAGUCUUUCUAGUUUGCUGGUUGAUUGACAGAUGGUCUGAGGACGCCUUCUCGGAGCCACUCACAGGUAACUGUCCCAGCAGGAAGUAAAGGCUGGCCGCGCUGGCCCGGCAGCAGAGAGAGCAGGCGGGCGCAGCCGCGCGGUGGAGGCUUCAGCGGGGGCUGUGCUGGAGGGAGUUUCAGCGGCAGCCCUGAGCGCAGAGCUCUUGAAAAGUACAUCAAGUCUAAAGUGAACCGGCUCACUCUUGGGCAGUACUGGAACCAUGAGCAAUAAUGGAACAGACUUAACCACUGGUUUCAUCUCCUCUUCUGUGGCUGUCCUUUUGUUUGGCUCAAACUUUGUACCACUCAAAAAAUAUGAUACUGGUGAUGGAAUGUUUCUCCAGUGGGUACUUUGUGCUGCCAUAUGGAUGAUUGCCCUGGCGGUCAAUCUGAUACUACAUUGCCCUAAAUUUUGGCCUUUUGCAAUGGUUGGGGGCUGCAUUUGGGCAACAGGGAAUAUUGCUGUUGUCCCAAUUAUCAAAACCAUUGGUUUAGGCCUUGGAAUAUUAAUCUGGGGAUCUUUUAAUGCCUUAACUGGCUGGGCAAGCUCAAGGUUUGGCUGGUUUGGAAUGGAUGCAGAAGAAGUGUCAAAACCAGUGCUAAAUUACAUUGGAGCUGGAUUAUCGGUAGUAAGUGCUUUCAUAUUUUUGUUCAUCAAAAGCGAAAUACCAAGCAGCACGAGUUCUGUGGACACCACACCGUUAAUGACAGAGCAUGUGAUCAACAAAAUUCAAGAUCCCUGUCGUGACUAUUCCUGGGUGGAUAAACUCUCUACACUGCAACAGCGCAUAGUGGGCUGCAGUCUUGCAGUGAUAUCUGGAAUACUCUACGGGUCUACGUUUGUGCCAAUCAUUUAUAUAAAGGACCACAGCAAAAGAAAUGAUAGCAUAUACACAGGGGCAAGCCAGUAUGAUUUAGACUAUGUUUUUGCACACUUCAGCGGCAUCUUUCUUACGAGUACAGUCUACUUUUUCGCCUACUGUAUAGCCAUGAAAAAUAACCCUAAGCUAUAUCCUGAAGCAGUCUUGCCAGGUUUCCUGUCAGGAGCUCUUUGGGCAAUAGCUACCUGCUGUUGGUUCAUAGCUAACCACUCUCUCAGUGCUGUGGUCAGUUUUCCAAUAAUCACUGCUGGUCCAGGAUUUAUAGCUGCAAUGUGGGGUGUCUUCAAGUUUAAGGAAAUACAGGGUCUACAAAACUACCUAUUGAUGAUAUUUGCAUUUUGCAUCAUCUUGACUGGAGCAUUAUGCACGGCUUACUCUACAAUCUAACAGGCACAAGACCAGCAGAUGGCAGCAGUGGGUAAGAGAACACCACUACGGGACUCCACAAAUCUGCCAAGGACAGAGUUCAUUUUCAUACAGCAAAUGGAUCUCCACUUGUCUUGGACUGGGUAAAUGAUUUUUUUCCCCACAAAUGUGAAAAUAAAGAAAACUAAGUUUCAGUCAAGUGUAAAAAUGAAAAAAUCUGCUAAUGAACUAUUUAUGAAGGGAAGAUUUUCCUGGGUGACUACAAUGUCUGCAUUCUCACAGCUGAGUGCUGCUUUUACCACAAUAUGGACUCAAUGGGCAAGGCAACUUCUGCUUGUUGCAUAAGCUACAAAACAGCGUGGAGUUCAUAUACACAAAGAAUUUUGUAUAUGUCCAAGUUUCCAACAUGUUACCCUCAUAAAUGAAGAGAGGAAGAAAAAUGUUGGGGAGAGAAAUAGAAGACCCACCUUGUAAUGGAAUUCCAAAGAUAUUUAGAUCCUUUGCUAGAAAAAGUAAAUGUCACGGUUGGUCACUGAAUGUUAAAAAGGCCAUUUCAUUAUUUUUAGCCCAACCUUAUUUUUACUUCAAAUUAAUAUUGCGCAACUCUACAUCACCCACUGGUCUUAGCUCAAAAUGCUCUUGAUUAUCUCCAGAUAAAAUCCUCUUCAGAGAGGAAAAAUUUCCCACCUUUGGGAUUAUAUGUAUAAUACAUAUACAAACAAAAAGUGCACAUACAUAAAUGCACACACAUAUGUAUGUAUGUAGGGGGAAUUCUAGAGUUGCUGUAGUGAGGGUCUAGCUUAUCAGAAUGAGAAUUUAGAGGGACCAAAAUCUUCUUUGUAUGUAUAAUUUAUUAUUUUUUUCUGAAAUAUACUUCUGUAAAAUUCUCUUUAAACUGGAGACUUUCUUCCUGUUUUAACUGGUGGUUUCCAUUAGGUUAAAGAAAAUAAUGGACAUGUUAUUUAUACAUAUGUGUGUGUGUCUGUGUGUGUGUGUGUGUAUUCAGAAGAGACAGAAUAGCAUUCUACUUAAGUGUAUGCACUCUAGAGCUAACCCAAAUGGGUUUAAAUCUCACUUGUUCUUCAUCUUAAUUGUAUGACUUUGAACAAGUUCCUGAGCUUCCUGUAUCAGAUUCCUCAUCUGUAAAAUGGAAAAUAGUGAUAAUGAUGAUUGUUGCAAGGUUCAAGUUAAUUAAAAUCUGUACCAUGUGUUCAUGAGUGUCUGGCACUUGGCAAACGUUA